CCGGGUGGGUAUUCAUCCUUCAGGCUCGGUAGCGGACAUUUGUGCAGAGGACCCCGGGAGUGCGGGACGUGUUUCAGCCCAGACGUGGAGGCUCAAUGUCCGGCAGCAGAAAUUUCUCCAGCCCGGGUUAAUAACGCUUCACCGCUACAGAAAAUAAUGUGAUUUCCCUUUUUUCUUGUUCUAUUUUUUUUUUUUUAUAAAUUCUUACCACUCAGAAUAAUCUUCCGCUACAUUCUUUUUGUAGCCUACACAUCAUUUAUUUUCCCAGAUCCACUUCGGGAUUUUAAAAAAAAAAAUUUUCCAUUACUGGAGGAUUUAACUUCACGCCACAAAACCAGCCAUUGCAAGUAUUUCAUUUUUAAAUUGUGAAUCGGCUUUUUUCCAGCUUCCGCAGCGGCUCUAACUUUAGAGACUGGCCGUCGCCAGCCGGGGAGGAGGAAGGGGUUAGCGGCAGAGAUUUGACACCGAGGAGCCAGCCUUAUAUGUGUCCGCUGGACUGUGUGUGAAAAAGGGGGAAAGCAGGAGAACCGAGCUCCGGCGCCAGCCAGCCAGCCAGCCUCCCUUUCGGGAGAACCGAAGAAGAAGAAGCAGCGGCGGGAGAAAGGAGUGCAGAGGAGAGGAUUUAGCGUGGAUAACGGGGAGGGAUAUAGCCUAGCCUACGCCUGGAGGAGAUUUGACGAUCUCAAAGGUGCUCGGCACACAAUGGGACUCCAAAACCUCUGAGGGGGUGAGGACAAAAGGCCGAGGGGGGGGGAGAAGAGGAAGAAUAAAGCCAAAAAAGCGAGGCGGGAGAAGAGGACAAAAGAGAAGGAGGAACAGAAGAAGGAGGGAAGAUUCUAGCCCGGCGCCAAGGAAAGAAGGACACGGAGGGAGGGAGAUUUAAAAAGGAGGGAUUUGCUCAGGAUUUGUCGGGGGUGCAUGCUCCCCCCUAAGUCCCCCCCCCCCCUCCCACUUGGACAUCCUUCCUUUUUUUAUUUUAUUUCCCGCGUCAUUGACGGGCCGACAGAAGGGGAAAAAGAAUGCACGGUAAACUGAGUUUGGGCAGCGGCGCCGGGGCGAGCAGGGCCCUGGAGGUGAGACCCCCCAGGACUAGAGGCUGGCUGCUCGGCCUGCUCGUGGCCGCGGCGUGCUGCUCGUGGCCGUCGGUCCGCGCCGACGUGGAGAUCGACGUCCUGGUCAACGCAGGCAGCGGGGAAAGAAGGAGCGAGCUGGAGGCCUCCAUGCACUCGUCGCUGCUUCAGGACUUCCAGGAAGUGACGGAGAGGAUCCGCGCGCUGGAGGCCGGCGACAGCGCCGCCGCCGCGGCGACUCAGCAGAACACGGCCGCUGCACCCACCGCCUUCCCAGACUCCUCAGCGGUAGUUGGUCGGAUCUUCCAGAUGACGGUGCCAAACAAGAUGGAGGAUGUUUACCUGGGGGAUAUUGUCAAGAUCACAGAGAUGGGUAAGGACUCGCUCCCCGCCUGGCUGCACUGGGACGCCAGCAGCCGAGUCCUGCAGGGUCUACCUCUGGAGGAGGACAAAGGUGUCCAUUACAUCUCAGCAUCUAUCUCCAACCACACAAAGUCCUCGUCUUCCUCGGAGGUGUUUUCCAUCGAGGUUCACCCUGAAGAUCAUCUGGACGCAGACUCGGCCCAGCUCGCAUCCAACCAAGCCUCGGCGGAUGACGACACCCAUCCGUUCGCCUGUAGCAACGAGGAACCCGUCACGGUACUGACGGUGAUCCUGGAUGCCGAUUUGACCAAGAUGAGUUCAGAACAGAGAGUGGCGCUCCUGGAUGACAUGCAGAGCUUCUCCAGGGUCGGUCUCCAGCACAUGAAGAUCCUCCCGGUGGUCAACAACCGGCUGUUUGACAUGUCUGCGUUCAUGGCCGGGCCGGGGAAUGCCAAAAAGGUGGUGGAGAAUGGGGCUCUGUUGUCCUGGAAACUCGGCUGCUCACUGGACCAGAGCACAGUCCCAAAUAUCAACAGUGUCCAGGAUCCUGCAAAAGAAGGCACAAUGUCAGCCAAGCUGGGCUACCCUGUGGUGGGAUGGCACAUCGCCAACAAGAAACCCCACGUCCCAAAGCGGGUGAGGCGCCAAUUAAACAACACCCCAACACCUGUUCUGGCAGUGCUUCCUCCAACAACCGUAGUGGAGCCUCCGGUGAGGAUUAUUCCAACCCUCUCCUCUCCCUCUAUUGCUGCACCAACUGAAAGCUCUGCUCCCCCUGUAAGAGGCCCCGUUCCCCUCCCAGGCAAGCCUACAAUUAGAGUUCGUGACCCCAUUGCCCAUACUCCAACCCUGGGACCCCCUCAACCAACACGGGUAAUGGAAACCACCAGCACCGUUCCAAUCCAGCCAACCAUGACCAGGCCGACUUUUGUGGAAGCCACUGCUACACCACCUGCACCUACGAGAAGACCUACCAAGAAACCCAAGAGACCCAAAACCACACCAGUGCCAAGAGAGACAAAGACCUCCACAGCCAAGCCGUCCAGGCGCACAACACCAUCCCCGGCCGUCGUCCCGGACCCGUACAACGAGAAACCUGUCCUGCGUAACCCAAUCGACCAGGUCAAUGCAUUGGUGGGCACCUAUUUCGAAGUAAAGAUCCCAUCGGAUACAUUCUUUGAUAAAGAGGACGGGACAACUGACAAGCUGCGACUAACUUUGAGACAAAACCACAAUGAAGUGGUUGGAGAGGGCUCGUGGAUCCAGUUCAACACCACCAGCCAACUUCUCUACGGCCUGCCCGAUGCCCAGCAUGUGGGAAAACACGAAUACUUCAUGCAGGCAACCGACAAAGGUGGCCUGAAUGCGAUUGACGCUUUUGAGGUCCGCGUGAACCGCUGGCCCUCCAAUGACAAGACCCCUGUGAUCUUUACGGCCCGAUUUGAAGGGGAGCCGCGUUCAAUUACAAAUGACAUCCACAAGAAGAUCCUUCUGGUGAAGAAGCUGGCAUACGCACUUGGGGACCGCAACAGCAGUACAGUCAGUCUACGAAACAUCACCAAAGGGUCGAUUGUGGUGGAGUGGACUAACACUAGCCUCCCACAUCACCCUUGUCCAAAGGAACAGCUUGCAGCGAUGAGCAAGACGCUCGCCAGUGCUGAUGGAAAACCCUCGCCGACCUUCAGGUACUCAAUGGAGCCUGAAUUCAGACCGUUGGAUGUCAAGAUCAAGGGAAAGGCAAGCUGCAGAACGUAUUCCUUCAUCCCGCCUGGAGAGAUUGAAAUACCAGAACCUCCAGCAGUCACUCCAGCUCUAGGAACCGGCCGGCAGAGCACAGAUGACGUCUAUCUCCACACGGUCAUUCCUGCCGUAGUAGUGGCGGCGAUCUUGUUGAUAGCGGGCAUCAUUGCGAUGAUCUGCUACAGGAAGAAACGAAAGGGCAAGCUGACCAUCGAGGACCAGGCUACCUUCAUCAAAAAAGGUGUGCCGAUCAUCUUCGCCGAUGAGCUUGAUGACUCUAAGCCGCCUCCAUCUUCCAGUAUGCCCUUGAUUCUGCAGGAAGAGAAGCCCCCACUUCCGCCGCCUGAGUACCCCAACAUGGCCAUGCCAGAGACCACGCCCCUGAACCAGGAGCUGCUUGGGGAGUAUACAGCUCUGCGGGACGAGGACCCCAACGCGCCUCCCUACCAGCCACCGCCUCCCUUCACCACUCCCAUGGAGGGCAAGGGUUCCCGUCCCAAGAACAUGACCCCCUACAGAUCGCCACCCCCCUACGUGCCACCUUAAGACUUGUUUAACCCACCCCUGAUCGGGUGGAGGUAACGGAUGCCUGAGGAACAGUGACGGUUUCCAUUCUGGUGUUUGUCUCUGGACAUUUACAGGGAGAGAUGACAAGAGGUGCUAAAGUACAAAACAGCUACAGGGGACUUUGGUUUUUUUUUGGGGGGAAGGGGGGGUGUAAUGAGUCAAGGUUUUUUUUUUUACAGUAAACAGAUGGGAUGAUUGGUUGAAACAGCUGGGAGGAACUACUGUUUUAGUGGUAGCCCAGCUACUACAGUGGCCUAAGACAAACAAUUUGUCGUCACAUUGGCUUUUUGGAACGACCAGUUGGUCAGAAGCCAAUGAUGGAGAUUGGGAGACAUGCUCUCCUUUCCUAGCUUUUCAUUUGUUUCUCUGUUCAUUUAAAAUACAGUUUUUCUUUUGUUUUUUUCAUCAUUAUCCCAUUAUAAUUCUUUCUUUUCUGGACUGAAUCGUUUGCCUAACAACUCGUCUUUUUGGCUUUUUAAAUAAAACGCGAGAAGACAGUGAACUGCCAUCAGAGCACUGCAGGCGACAACUUUCGUUGUUUUUAAAUAACGAGAGGGAGAUUCUCUGAAUAUGAAAAAGCUCUCACAAGGAUCUCAGAUCAGCCCUGCAGACAACACGAGAGAAUGGGAGGCCGAGGUGUGUGUGUGUGUGUGUGUGUGUGUGUGUGUGUGUGUGUGUGUGUGAAUGAGUGUGUGAAUGAGUGUGUGUGUGUUUAUUCAGAUUCAAUACGGUUUGCCUUUUAACACUAGUUGUCUGUUUCUAUCCUUAUUCACAAUGUCUAUUAAAGAUGAAUGAAUAACCAGGUAGCCUAAAAAAAGAUUUAGAGAUGAAUAAUAAUAAGUAAUUUGUUUUGUUUUAUUGGUUUUAAAAUUCACUGUACAUCUGGAAGAUGUUCUGAUAGACUGUGUUAUAUUUUCUUGGUGGUGGGAGAAAGGGACUGCUUGGCUAAAAUAACCUGCAGAGUUCUUUUAUUCCUGUUUUUGGUAGAACGGUUACAGUCCAUUUAGAUGAAAAUCUUACCUUCCUCUCGGUUUCCCUCGUCCCCUCGGCGGAUCUAACUUCCACUGUAAGAAAGCUGGGUGAGAUGAGGUUAAUGUGAGAAAACAUGUACUGUUUUUGUCACGAAAGAGAUGAUCUAACUUGUAAAUGCAGAGUUUUGAUGUGGAUUUGGAUGCAAAUGUAAUUUGAUGUCAGUUUGGCGACCGUGUUACCCGAGG